CCGGAAGCGCAGUUGCUGACAGCCAAAACAACAUGGGUUGAUUUGCUAACAGAUGCAGGAGCGUUGUCCUCCAGUAGUGAUUCCAGUGAGUUUGGAUGAGUUGAUUUCCUGUCAGCCAUGAUGGAUCAGGAGGAGGAGGAAGAGAAGCUGAUGGCCAAAGGAUCGCCGAAGGGGGUGGAUGUGUGCACACCCAUGUGCUGCCUGGCCUACUUGUCUAGGGUCAACCUCUUUGUCGCAGUGUCUGUCGGCAUGUACGUCCGCUGGGAGGUGAUGAAUGAGCCCAUGAUUCUGGUCAUCUUCAUCCUGGGCCUCUUUAUGCUGGCGAUUGCAGGCAUCCUUCACUACUACUUUGCUAUGGAGAAAGCCAGCCUGAGCUUGUUCCAUUUGUGGUUUGGCUUUCUGCUCGGACUCCUGUGCUUCCUCAACAGCCCUGAAUUUGCGUUGGAUGUCAAAGAAGUGGUUGCCAACUACCUCCUCAUAGCCAGUGCGGUUAUGAAAGCCAUAUGGGUCAUUUUUGAGCGUAUAUGUAGCUCUGUUCAUUACAAACCCACCUUGUUAACCUCAGCUGAGUGGCUGGAGCUCCUAGGAUUUGGCAUUGCCAGCACUAGUAUGUUUUUUCAAAAGUCGGUGGCCAUAAUAGGCCUGGUAGUAGCUCUGGGGGCUCUGAUUGUGGACCUGAGGAUGAAAUCCCUCCUGGCUUUGCCUAACCUGAUCAGUUUUGCGUUGAUUACAUCUCUCGUGUUUUUCCAGGCCAUAAACAUCUCAGCCAACCCUUAUGCCUUAGGCUGCUACCUGGCCAGGCUGCUCUGUGAGCCUGUCUUAGACGUGUACUUUAGUGCGCUGGGACCAAGUGAGCGCUGGAUGCCAGUGCUCUCCCUUGGGAAGGUGUGGAGGAGACUGUCUCUGUUUCCUCUGUGUGUGAUGGAGCUGGCAUUCUUUGUCCUCGCUGCCUUGAAGCUUGGACACUUGGAGCUGUGGUAUCUGGUCAUCCCAGGCUUCUGCCUGUUUGGCCUCUUCUGGGCCAUCUGCCAUAUAAUUUUACUGAUCACAACUUGGGGCUUCCACACCAAGCUGAGCGACUGCCAGAAGGCCUGGCGGGCCCAUCAGUCAGGCAGACGGAGCCUGGACCAAGUCAUGGCCUCUCGAGGCAUCCGGCACUUCUGCCUCAUUUCAGAACGCCUGGUGUUCUUCACCGUGCUGUCAACAGUGAUACUGGGAGCUGUGUCCUGGCAGCCGUCCAAUGGGCUCUUUCUCAGCGCUCUGCUGGUGGUGCUGCCCUUGGAGUCUCUUGCCCACGGCUUGUUCCAUGAGCUGGGCAGCUGCCUGGGGGGAACUUGUGCUGGCUACGCACUGGUCAUACCUACAAGUUACUGCAGUGCCAGUGGUCAGCCCACUCUUUUACCACCUGACCACGUGCAGGAGUUGAACCUUCGCUCCACAGGUAUGCUGAACAACGUGCAGCGUCUCUUCUCCCACCACAUGGUCCAGACUUUUGGAUGUGACUACUCGACUAGCGGCAUAACGUUAGAGGCCAUUCAGAACAAGCUGCGAAGCUUUCUGGAGCUUCGGACUGCAGACGGGCCACGCCAUGAUACGUAUUUGAUUUUCUACAGUGGACAUACACAGAAAGCGUCUGGUUCCUGGGUUCUGGCUGGAGGCGAAAGUCUCCAACUGGCUCAGUUGCUGGAGAUGUGGAAGGAGAAAAAUGCCGGCCAUGGUUCCCGACUCAUCAUCAUCCUGGACACGGAGAACUCGCUCCCUUGGGUCAAAGAUGUGCGUCGGGUGGAUAACGUCUACAUGGCGGUGCAAGGGGCUGAGCUGUCGGCCUCUAGGCUUGACCCAGAGGCAGGAGAAGGGCCCUUGCUUGGCGACUUUACCUCUGAGUGGGUAGAGUUUAACUGCAACCCUAACUGUGACACCCUAUGGUCUGACAAGGGAAGGACAGUGAUGGCGAUGUACGGUGUGUCUAAAAGAUGGAGUGACUACACUCUUCAUCUUCCCACAGGAAGUGACGUGGCCAAGCACUGGAAGACCCACUUUCCCAAAGCUACCUAUCCUUUAGUUUACCUGUCCAACUGGUGCUGUGGCCUCAACCUGUUCUGGUUGUGUAGCAUCUUCUUGCGUUGCUUCAGGAGGUGUAAAUUAUCUUGGUUUCCUCCAGCUGUACUGGACACCGGACAGGGUAUUAAACUAGUACACUCAUAGGCAGCGUGGGAAGGUGUCAGAUACAUACAGUAGCUACAUUUUUGUGGGUACAAAGUGUUUAUAUAAACAGUUUAUAUACUUCUACUCUCUAAUAUGUUUAGAGAGUAAAAUCUUCUGAUCAAGAAGAUCGGAUAAAAAUGUUUUGUCUUCAAACUCGUGAUUAAUUUUUCUUUUGUUAAGUUUAUAAGACAUUGUGCCGAUGAUCAUAGAAAAGGGCUGCCUUAGUCUGUUUUUGUUUUAUCAUUCAAAACAUUUAUUCCAACAAAUUGUUUUGGUAAAAGGUUGCAGUCAAUCAAAAAUGAUAAUUAGGAGCAGGGAGUUAUAUCUUUUAAUCGCUACUAUUGUUUCUAGCCUUAUUUCCUUCGUUGUUUGUCAGUCAAAAAAAAAAAAAACUAUUUACAUUUUU